AUGUCAAAUUGCGAUAGUGAUGGAGGGGGUAAAACUAGUAAAGCCUCACAAAUAGUUGAAGUCUAUGAAGCAGCAAGCGUAAUAGCAAUCCCAUUCUCUAAAUUCGUACCAAUAAUAGGUGAUAUAGUGUGCGUUACUGACGAAAUAACAUUAAUAUAUCAAUCAGCAGAACAUAAUAAACGCAUUAGUCGUGUAUUAGUUGAUAGAAUUGCAUCAGUUGAAACAUCAAUUCGUUUAUUAAAAAUACAUAAAGAUGAUAAUAAAAAAUUUUUUAAUCAAGAAAAUUUUGUAGUCAUGCAAAAGCUUUCAGAUAAUAUACAAAAGAUAAAAAAAUUUAUUGGAGAAGUGACACAAUUAAAAGGAUUAUCGAAAUAUAUUCAUGCGAAAUCUAUUAAGAGUACAUUCUUUGACUUGACAAAUGAAUUUGAUGGAUAUAUAAAUACGUUGAAAUUCUCUAUCGCAGUUGACACACAAUCCCGUGCAGCACGUACUGAACGUGAAACCGAGAUCAUACAUAAAGAUAUCGAAGAACUUAAUCAGUAUCUUUUAAGAAUUGGAGGCGGUAUCACUGACAUGGAUAAUAAUAUAAGUAAAACAGUUAAAGAGAUAAGCGUAAUCAAGAGCCUCAUUUUGGAUUCAAAAACUAAUCAAGAUCAAAUCCAACAAGCGAUUGAGAUUCAAAAUCAACCACUUAAACUAGCUGACUUUAGAGAAACUGGUGAAGUGCGUGUAAAAAAAGUCAGAAAAUACAUUCGCUUAAUUGAUGAUGAAGCUGUUGCUUUUAAACUCGUAGCUGAUGAGUCAGACACUACAGAUGUCAAAAUUGAUAUACGUAGUCAUGUUGCUAUUCUUAUGAGGCUUAAAGAUUGUCAUCAAAUAAUUCAAUUUUAUGGCCUUAUUUCUGAUGGUGAAAGGCGUUACUUAGUGACUGAAUGGUGUGAAUGUGGUAAUUUACGAGAAUUUUAUGCGAAUUAUAAAGGGAGUCCUAUUGACGCUAGGACAAAAAUAAAUAUUGCAGUUGAUAUUGCUCGAGGAUUAAACUUUUUACGAGCCAUAGUUCACCGAGACAUUCGACCGGAAAAUAUCUUGAUAACAGCGAAUGAAACUGCAAAAAUCGCUAACUUUUCACUUAGUAGGUACUUUCGGGAUGAAUCAAGGAGAUUGGCAGUAUCACUACAAACUGUUCGUUACUCUGCUCCUGAAAUGCUAUAUAGAAAUACUAACAAAUAUAAUACUAAAUGUGAAGUUUAUAGCUUUGGUAUUCUUUUAUGGGAAUUAGCUGAACAAAAAAUUCCAUAUAAACAUCUUGAUGAUAUUAUGGAAAUUAAAAAUAGAGUGGAUAAGGAAAAAUAUAGAGAGCCAUUUACAAACUUUUCAAAUUUGCCAAAAGAUUAUAAAGAAAUUUCUAUGAAAGCUGUUGGUGCCGAUCCAGAUUUUAGACCAACUAUAACAGAAAUGUUCAAAACACUUGAAAAACUUCAAGCUAAUUUCCUUGCACUUAGACCUUUGACACCUAUUAUGAAUAUUCCUAGUGAUGUUAUUAACUUUGCUGAAUUUAAUUAUAUGACAAUGAAAGAAGCCACAUUGGCUCAUCGCGUUACUAACGGAAACUUAGAAAUGGCUUACAAAUGUUUCAAUGCAUAUGCACAAACAGGAAAUUUAAAAGCAAAAUACUUUCUUGGUUAUUACCUUUAUAAGAAGCUAGUAAAUACACCCUAUACUGAUAAAGAGAGAGCGAAACGUGCAGCUCAAUUAUUUAAAGAAGUUGCUGAUUCAGGUGAUGAAGUACCUGACGCCCAAUUAAAAUACGGAUUAUGUUCAUUUCAAGGAACAGGCGUUGAUAGAAAUUUUUCUGAAGCUGCGAAAUAUUUUCAAAAAGCUGCUGAUAAUGGACUUGCUGUUGGUAUGUAUAAUGCCGGAAAUAUUUUUUAUGCUGGUCUUACUGGAGUUAAAGAUGAAGAAUUAGGUAUAAAAUAUAUUAGAGAGGCUGCUCAAAAUAAUCAUUUGGAAGCUAUGGAAUUUUGUAAAAAGAAUAAUAUUUCUAUUUUUUAG